CCCAAACAAAAAAAAAAAAACCAACGAAAAAUAAAGAAAUACAGACCGUAAACCGAGACCCGAUGGGAUUGUCAACAUGGAGGAGCAAAGUGAAUGAAAAUAUCUUUGGGCGGAAAAGUGUGUGUUUGUGCCGCGGAGCAUGUCCGUCUGGGGUUGGGAAAUGUGCACCGUUCCCGAUCGCAGCUGAAGAUUAUUGAUUCCGUCGAAUUACGGAUUGCACAAUCCACCGAUCCGUCCGAGUGUAUUGAAAAUAAAUCUCCAGCAUUGCAGUAUUGCAGCUGCCUACUUAGGCUAAUUGAUUUUCAUUUCGUUAUUUUUUGUGUGUUUUGUUUGUUAACUUGUUUGUUUGUUUGUUAGCCUCUUGCAAUGAGGCGUCCCAAAGCUGCCAAUGACAACAACAACAACAAAUCGCCAAAUGAACAGCAGCAGAAGCUACAACAUAAAAAACAAAUACAAGUACUAGUACAUGAAGUGAAGCUGCGCGACAAUUGCGUGCCUCGUUUUAGCUGUUUUUUUAAUUAAUUUUAAGUGUUGCCCUUUUCGCCGUGACCGAAAAAGAUAGCACCAGUCUGAAAAGAGAGAGAGAGAAGGAGAAAGCCCUCCGGAAAUCGGCAAUUUAAUUUACAAUACAACAUUAGUACGGAACAUAAAGGCGGAUAAAGCCAGCGACGCGCCAUCCAGAAAGGGAGCAACGAAAAUGUUCGCGGGAAUAAGGAAACGCCUGGCACGCAAGCAAAACGAGAAGGAUUGCGAUGAAGACGACAAGGACGAUGUGCUCAGCAUUAUGCCGCCGCCUCCAAACUACAUACAGAUAUCCCAGGGCAGGAUUCAGUUAGUCCACCAGCCGAGGACUCCCGUGGAAUCCGAAGCGGGCACCUUGUCCCUGGAGCGUCCUAGCGGGGGCAGCACCUCCGGAUCCGCUGGUUGUGAUAAGGAUGUGUUGGAGAAGCGGAUGAUUGAAGUUGAAGGCGCUCUGCUGCGUUUGCAGGAGGAGUUCCAUAAAAGCCAAUGCGGGUCGCCAACGUUCGAGAAGGAAUUGCGCGAACAAAUUGAAAACAUGAAUCGCAUUAUGAAAUCCAAAGAACGCAAGCAAAUGCAGACAUGUCGGGAUCACAAGGCACUGCAGACCCGCUUUGCCCGGCAGGAGAGCUUGCUGCACUCGAUGCAGCAGGAGAAUCGCGCCCUGGUCACCCGUAUCCGGCAAUACGAACACUGCCUCGACGACGUAAUGCGCAAAGUGGUAGAUGCUAUCGUGGCGGAGGAUAAUCUGCGGGAGGAAGUGAGCAUGCUAAAGGGCAGAGUCCGGGACUUGGAGGCACAGAAUGCGGCGCUCUCCGCCAGCCCCGUGAAGGGCAGAGACGAAGGCUAUUGCACCAUGAGCAGCGGCCAGCCGCAGCCGUCUAAUGGACACUUGGAGGAUCUGCCAGAGGAGCCGGAACAGUGGCUGCUCCCCGCCGAACCGUGCUCCACGGAAAUGGAGGACUGGAGCAUGUCGCAGGAGGAGCUGGCUGUGAUGACCUUUGACGAUGAGCGGGAGCAGCAGCAUCAAAUGCAGCUCCAGCAGCAGCAGAGAAGGAAGCGAGACCAUGACUGGCUGUGGCCAUCAAGUGACUUUAUCAAUUCCACCACCGUGGAGACGGAUUCCGUCGCCGAUGGCAUUGCCCAGCUGUUACAGCAGAAGAUUGUUUACUCCGAGGAUGAGGAAGUUGCCUGCACGGACUUCACCAAUGACUUCUACAAACUGGUUAACAUUCGCUCCAACUCUUCGCGUAGUCUGUACUCCUACUUGGAGGGCGAGACCGAUGACGAGGAUGAGGACGACGAGGAGGCGGAGGAUUCAAGCAUGUCGGAGAGCCAGGUGGGACCGGCGGCCCGUAAUGCGAUGAACGGUGGCAGCCCCACACCCAGCGAAGCGGGACGUGCCCAGCUAACCAGCUGCUCCUCCAGCGAAACGGAUGAGCUCUCCGCCAGUCAACCGAAGAAGGAGGAGGAGCCUGACUAUGCGGUCAUCGAUGAGUUUCAUCGACGGGUCAGCGACAUUGAGAUCGAAGAUGUGCCCCUGAUCGUGAGCUGUAGCACGCCCAUGAAACCGUUGGAUGAGCAGCAGUGCAUUGCCCAGAUCAUCAAGAGCGAGCUGCGUCGACCGCCGCAUGUCCUGGUCAAGUCGAAAUCGGUGCUAGAGGAUCAGGAGCCAAGCUGCAUCCUGCGGCACAAUCAGCGCCGUGAACUGGAGUCCACUGUGGUCAGAAGCGACAGCAUCAGCUGCGCCAUGAUGGCUAAAAUGGCCAAAGAAGUAGUUCCCCCGGCACCGGGAAUGGUGACCAAGCUGAAGGAGAGAAUGCUUCAGAGGCAGGCCUCCACGCCGCCAACAACCAGUUCCUGGCGCCGGAGCAAUGGCUGGAAAAGGGUGACAUCUCCAGUACAUCCUCCGACAGCGGCUGUUUCGUCAAAGAAGAAGGAAACCAAAUCAUCGGAGCUGCCAAAGAGUUGCCUGCCCAAGGCCCAGCCCACCAGAAUUCCAACGAGCAUCCAUUCGUCGGUGUCCUCGUCAUCCUCCAUGUCCUCGUCCUGCUCCCCGUCGCCCUCCUCCCCCUCGCCACAGUCCCCAUCGCAGCAGCAGAAAUCGCCAGGACAACAGAAGUCGCCGCAGCAGCGGAAAUCGAAAAUUCCACCGCCCGUACCAGUACGACGGUCGUAUGCGAGUUAAGAGUUGGCGCCUCAGCGAAAUCUCAAAUCAAUAAUCAUCAAGCAAACAAAUAUUUAAAGAUUUAAAAGACUAAAUUGUGAUAUAUUCAAACAAAACAAAACUAAACGAAAACAGAGCAGAUAAAUGAUAAAAGAUAAUACUAAAAACUAAAAAAGAGCAAAGGAGGAGGAGCAAGCAAUGUUUUGUACGUACGAAUACGAGUAUUUAUGUAUAUUGUAAAUUUUUUGGAAGAUGUUUUACCUUGUAAGCGGCACUGCCAACUGUUCCCCAAAAAAAUUGAAAGAUAAGCAUAUAGCUCACCCUGCUCUAUGGCGUAUAUUUUGUAGAGCAGCGGCUGCAGCAUCCCAAUGCAGUAGGUUACUAAUUAACUAUAGAUCGAGACAACUUCACUAUUGAUUGAUCUCUUUGUCGCCGGCAAGGAGCAAUUCAAACUACUAUUAGCUAGCUUGGGUCAUGAGCCAGGACAUGAACUAAAACUGUAGUCUUCCGCACAAGUCGAGUGUUCUUGAACUGGACACUUCUAGGACGCAUUAACUAAAAGGAGUUAGAACCCAAGGAUACACUCGAACUAACGACAGUUGAACAAUUGCAUUUAAGGGUGAAAUAUUUCAAAGUGUUUACGAUUCAAUAUAAAAUGCAUACUUAUUUAAGUGCGACAUAAAGUAUAUACUAUAUAAAAAUAUAUAUAGAAGGUUUCCAAGGGCGAACAUUAAACGACAACAAUAACAAUAAACUGUAAAUAGCAGUCGUCGAAUAAAGCUAAUGACAAAAACCUCUUCUUCAACCGUAGAGUUAGCUCCUCAGGGUCUGCUGCCACCGACUAAUUUAUCGCAGCAGCCCGCAUCCUAAUCAUAUAUAUAUACAUACACUUAUAUAGAACAGAACGCACUAUGAUCGAAGAAAGAAAGAAAACUUAGAUAUAAGCUCGUAUAAACAUUAUAAAUGUAUUUUCGUAGCGUAGCGAGUACAAAAUAAACAAAAAUGAAGUUACAAGAAA